AUGUCUGAUAAUGAAAAAGAAGGCGAUACCGACUUUCAUGGACCGGUUGUCAUCGAUUCGGUGAUUGAAAUGAAAGAUAUCGAUCCUUCUUUAAUCAAUUUCCUCCCAUCUGAGACUACUUUUAGUCAGUUGUCUAGGCUCCAGGUUCCCGGUGGCCACCAACAUCCACUGUCCGGACUAUAUGCCACUUGUAGCGCGGCCGUCGCCAACGUUUCGAAUUUGGAAGCCGAUCUUCCCGAUAAAUAUACGAAGCCGUCCAAGUUUGAGAAGUUAAGUCCUUUGAUCAAAAAGAAAGCUCCAACAUUGAAGCACUAUUCAGACGAUAUCCUUGCAAAAUACAAAAAACAAAUCCAAAAACUUUCAUCCUCACCUACACCUCCGGCCGCGAAAUUAUCAGUGAAACCAUCACCGAAAUUUUCUUUCGAGGUAGAACUUAUACCCUCUCUACUAUCGGAUGAUGAAAAUUCAUCGAGUGAUGAAGAUGAAAUCGAAAAAGGCAGUCCUAUCGGCCAAGCCGAUUUCUUGGACAUUCUCGGUCAAGUAAAACCUGACGACGUAAAAAACUGUGAACCCACAAUUCCUUACGAUAUAGAGGACAGGGCCGACUCGUCUGCCAGAUUGUUCCAUAGUUCGGAGUUGAGAUAUUAUCAGCGCAAGUUGAGAUGGAGACAGAAUCUAAUGAUUGAGAAGUUGCUGGAGAAGGAAAGGUUGAUGAAGCUGGCUGAGGAAGAAGAGAGAAAGAAAUUUAUGGAUCUCAACGCAACACUUAAUAAAGAGCAGCCAAACUUGAAAUACGAAGACGAUCUGAUGAUGGAAGACGACGACGACUACAUCAACGUCUGUACUGAUAUGCAGGUGCUGCUUCUGAAAGAUGGUGUCAGCGACCCGAAAAAUUUUGAAUACAAGUUUAAAUGCCACCAAGAUGAGAGGCUGAUUGAUUUUAAGAUGAAACUUACAUCAGUAAUGAACUGUAGCUUUCAUUUGAUCACUAUUCAAAAUUUGGAAGGUAAGGUUUUAGAGGAUUCCAUGCCAUUCACUUGUUGGCUAUCCAGCAAAGAUCGUACUGAGCCAGGAUUGUUAAAGCUGAUGAUAAGAGACCAACCUGCCGAGAAUGGAGAUAGUUCAUGGACUCAGUACAAUGUUCUGCUUGUUCCUAUCGUUCUGCCCAAGGUCUAUCUCAUCAAGUUGAAGUCAGGCGAAGAAAUAACAGUAGAAAAAGAGCAAGGUCGCAAGGCAUUCCUCGGUGGAUACGUCGACAAUGUGAACUGCAAGGUCUAUCACAACUCAGCAACCCAAACAACCAACCGAAAAGAUAUUUGCGAGAUUUACGAGAGAUUGGAGAACCUGAACAGACGCGAGAAAUACAGCCAGACACAAUCAUCGAGAACAGUGGCGAAGAAGCUCUGCAUAGAGUACGAGGAGACGCAACUUCUUGAUUUUUCGUUUCUGGAGGCAGAAAAGGCCGAGCAGAUGUACAGGAGGAUGCAUCCGAAGACGAAAGAAGAUUUUGACCUUUUGUACGUUGAUCUCGAAGGCCAGUUCAUUUGGAGACUGGCAGAAUUAGCGGACAUAUCGUCGCGAAUGACUGGCGCGAAAAAAAAGGCGACACUUUGUCAGCUGAUGGAAGAUGAAAGUCGACUUAUCAAAUGCAUCUGUGAGAUGCAGCGAAGCAUUAAGGACCAGAGAUUGCUUCAAAUCUUUCAAAAUUACAUCAACAGGAUUUCGAAACCGCAAAUGAAACGAGACGAGAGAGGGCUGCCGUUAAGUGUCGAUACCUGGUACAAGAUACAGUCCAGACUCUUGUUUGUACAGUACCAGACUAUGGAUCACAAUACAACAUUCAUGUCUGGCCCUUAUGAAAGACUCAGUGCUCUCAACAAUCUUAAAAAAUACUUAGAGGGGAACGACAAUGACAGGCUGAUAAACGUCAAGCUGGAGAUUUUGGAGAUGAUAGAGAGAGAGGCCACCUUGACUAUGCGUGGUGUCAGGAAAGAUCGACUGCUGGGUCUUCGCAAGAGAAUCAACAGUUUGUUCUACACGCUACUGAAAAAACCUGAGUUCAAUCCGGCCGUUGUUGAACAUUUGAAGAAUUUAAGAGACCCGUCCUACCUAGCUACAAUCGUCUGCUGCAUAAGUUGCGAGAAGAAUCUUCCGGUUUGCAUGUACCCACACACCACUUCAUUUACGACUCUACCGAAUAUUUGCAAAGAUUGCCAGCGAACCAACAACAGAGGCUGCAAAAGGACCGAUGUCUCUUUGUACGCUGCUAUGCUUAUGAGACUGCGGAAAAAUGAGAGAGACUAUGACGACGGAUCGCGCGUCGCUUUUUUUAUACAAACACGAGAUAUACAAUACCUGGUGGACUGCAUAUGGCAGAUGAGAAGCAUACUCAGUAAAAAUACCAACCUCAAUAGCUUAGUAUUAAUGAGAUGGGAUAUUAAAAAGGAAUGGACCCCCUGGAACUCCAUUCUUGUGACGAUGCACGAAGCACUCUGCCAUCUCCGAGUCAAUGACACCUACAGUCCUGAGUUAAUCUAUUUUGUCCGGCACAAACACGUGCAAGCCUACAAGGAGUUCAGCCGCCUCGUUCCCCUAACCUGCAGACGACAAUUACCUCUCCACAAAAAACUCACAAAUCUGCCGGAAGUGAGGGAGUGCCCACCGGGAGUGCCAAAAGUGUACUCGGUUAAAAAACCCCACGAAAAAAGAUCCGUCCAUUGUAAAAAUUUGAGGAUGCUCUGA